AUGAGGCUGGCAGAGGGCCAGGUCACCCUGAGGGCGCCCCUCUUGCUGUUUGCACUCUGGGCAGUGCUGGAUCCUGUCCAGGGUUCUCAAGGCCGUCCCUCAUGGCGCUAUAUCUCCUCUGAGGUGGUAAUUCCCAAGAAGGAGCUGCACCACGGCAAGGGCCUUCAGAUGCCUCGCUGGCUGUCCUAUAGCCUGAGUUUUGGGGGCAAGAGACACAUUAUCCACAUGAGACGCAAGAAACUGUUUUGGUCCAGACAUCUGCUGAUGAUGACUCAGGAUGAUCAGGGAGCCUUGCAGAUGGAAUAUCCCUUCAUCCCUCCAGACUGUUACUACCUCGGCUACCUGGAGGAGAUUCCUCUUUCCAUGGUCACCAUGGACACGUGCUAUGGUGGCCUUGAAGGUAUCAUGAAGUUGGAUGACUCUGCCUAUGAAAUCAGACCCCUCAGCGAUUCCCAACGGUUUGAACACGUUGUUUCUCAGAUAGUGGCAGACACCAAUGCAACGGGACCUACUUAUAAACUGGGAUAUAAGGAGGAUAGGGACCCCCUGUUCUCUCAAGCAAAUGCCACUGCAGCCCCCCGGAUUGCUAGUAAGUUGUAUUCAUCCCAUCAAGGAAUUUUGAAAGGACUUACUCUCAGCUCCAAAGCAAUGUAUACUGUGUUCAACAAUGUGUCAAAAUGUGCCCAAUUCCUAAUAAGGCUAGUUAGUUUGACUGACUCAAUGCUUCAAAGUAUUGAUAUAAGACAUUAUAUUUCCUCCAUGGUUAUUUAUAAUCAGGCAGAUCCAGUCGUCUUGGACAGUUUUCACGUGCCAGGGAGUCCAAUUCAUAACUAUUUUGAAAGACACUUGUUUGAGACUUUUAAACCACAUACAGCUUUACUUAUGAACAGAAACGCGCCACAUGAACUUCAGUUUCAGCCAGUCCUGUACGGAAUAUGCAGAGAGAGUUCCCUCAUCUCACUUGCUUCUCUAGGCAGACAUUUCUUACUGUUGUCUGUUUUAGUAACACAAAAAAUAGCCUUAUCUAUUGGCAUUUAUUAUGACCAUUCGCUUUGUGUGUGCCAGAGGAGGUCCACCUGCAUUAUGAAUAGAUACCCUGUUAUGACAGAUUCUUUCAGUAACUGUUCCUUCGUUCAUAUCCAGCAUGUAGUGGUUAAUAAUGCUGAGUGCAUGUUCGUCCGAGAUAUGUUCUAUUUCAAUAAAAGCCUGACCCAUGAUCGUUGUGGAAACUAUGAGGUGGAACCAGGCGAGGAGUGUGACUGUGGCUCCUUCAAGCAGUGCUACAACAAUCCGUGUUGUACAAGUGACUGUAUCUUAACCCCUGGCAGCAAAUGUGAUACAGGCAGAUGCUGUACAAACUGUACCUAUUCCAUUGCUGGGACACUCUGCAGACCAAUCCAAAAUAUAUGUGAUCUUCCAGAGUACUGCCAUGGGAUGUCUUUGGCGUGCCCCGAUGACUUCUAUAUGCAGGAUGGAACCCCAUGCACUGAAGAAGGCUACUGCUAUCAUGGAAACUGCACUGACCGCACUAUGCACUGCCAAGAAAUCUUUGGCAAAAAUGCUGUGAACGGUGAAGAUGUCUGCUAUACUGUAAAUCAAAAAGGCAGCCGAUAUGGACACUGCAGAAGAUCCCCAGGGGAAUUCAAAUCUAAACCCUGUUCCCAUACAGACAUACAGUGCGGAAGGUUGCAGUGUAGUAAUGUCACUCAUCUCCCUCAGUUGCAAGAGCAUGUUGGAUUCCAUCAGUCUGAGAUCUCAGGGUUCUGGUGUUUUGGGCUGGAUUCACAUCGUAGCACAGGAACAACUGAUGUUGGUCAUGUGAGAACCGGUACCCCCUGCGCUCCUGGAAAGUUCUGUCAGGAUACCUACUGCAACGGCAGUAUGGCUCAGCUGAAUUAUGACUGUAUCCCUGAGAAAUGCAGUCACAGAGGGAUGUGCAACAACAACAGGAACUGCCACUGCCACAUAGGCUGGGAUCCUCCAUGGUGCAUUAAACGAGGUGCUGGUGGGAGCAUAGACAGUGGACCCCCUCCAAGAAGAAUGCGGUCAGUCAGGCAAAGUCAUGAAUCCGUGGUAUAUCUCAGAGUGAUCUGUGGUAGAAUGUAUGCCUUGAUCACUGCAUUUCUCUUUGGCAUUGCCACAAAUGUCAUAACUGUCAAGACAGUGAAAGUCAAUAAAAAGACUGUUGGUGAAGACAAUCCGUUAUUCAUUCUCCAGACCCCUGAACAGCUAUAAGCAUUCCCCUUGGAGCAUCUGUGAAAAUACAGUAAUGAAGUGGCAUAGCUGAAAUCCACAUUUCUGGGGGUCUGCAGGAGACACAGGGGUCCCCAGGCACAUCACGUCUCUGACACCAGGUUUCUGAUGGAUC